AUGGAUAUCGUCGCCAAUCGAACAGCUUUCACCUCGCCCCUCGCAGACGCCCAGUUAAAGAUUCAGGCCGCCGACGCCUCGGGGUUCGUGGGCAGGAUUGUCGCCCAGCUCAAUGUCUGGACAGUUUUGUUUACUAUUCUCGCGCUAUUGAUAGCAUACGAUCAAUGCAGUUACCAAUAUCAAAAGUAUGGCAUCGUUGGACCGGCAUGGAAACUGCCGUUUAUGGGACCGUUUCUCGAAUCGAUGCGCCCGGAGUUCAAAAAAUACAAACAGAAGUGGGAAAGCGGCGACCUGAGCUGCGUUUCCGUCUUCCACAAAUUCGUGGUCAUCGGCGCUUCCCGAGAUACCGCGAGAAAGAUCUUCAAUUCACCCGCAUUUCUCAAACCCACCGUUGUCGAUAUUGCUCCAAAGCUCCUCCGGCCGACGAAUUGGGUCUUCCUCGAUGGCCGCGAACAUGUCGACUACCGCAAAGGCCUGAACGGCCUGUUUACCCGCCAAGCACUGGAAGCGUAUCUCCCAGGACAAGAGGAAGUUUACAGCCGAUAUUUCAAGAUUUUUGUCAAUGAGUCCAAGGAGAACAAUAUGAAGCCAAAGGCGUGGAUGCCAAUUCUUCGAGAGCUGAUGACCGCUGUGUCAUGCAGGACUUUUGUUGGUCACUACAUGAGCGAUCAGGUGGUCAAGAAGAUUGCCGAGGACUACUAUCUCAUCACUGCGUCGUUGGAGCUGGUCAAUUUCCCCUUUAUAAUUCCCUACACCAAGACUUGGUAUGGAAAGAAGGCAUGCGACAUGGUCAUGGACGAAUUUGCCAAGUGUGCAGCAAAGUCCAAGGUUCGCAUGGCUGCCGGCGGCUCGAUCACUUGUACCAUGGAUGCUUGGAUCAAGCAAAUGCAAGAUUCGGCCAAGUACAGGGAGCGCAUUGCAAGAGGUGAGACCGUCGACUCGUCCGAGAAGCCAGCUCAGGUGCUUCGAGAAUUCAGCGACAUGGAAAUUUCCCAAACGAUGUUCACUAUGUUGUUUGCUUCACAAGAUGCGACCUCGAGCGCAUGUACCUGGCUGUUCCAGAUCAUGGCCGACCGACCAGAAAUCUUGGCCAAGGUUCGAGAGGAAAACCUUGCCCUUCGAGGCGGUGACCGCAACAAGCCAUUCGACAUGGACAUGCUGGAGUCCAUGGUAUGGACAAGGGCCGUUGUGAAGGAGACUCUUCGUUAUCGUCCUCCAGUUAUUUUCGUGCCCUACGUUGCCAAAAAAGACUUCCCUAUGACAGAGAACUAUACGAUAAAGAAGGGAUCCAUGGUCAUCCCCGCGCUUUGGCCUGCGACCCAUGACCCUGAAGCUUAUCCAGAUCCCGACAACUUUGUUCCUGAGCGAUGGAUCACUGGUGAUGCAGACAAGCAGGUCAAGAAUUGGUUGGUUUUUGGCACUGGACCUCACCAUUGCUUGGGACAGACUUAUGCUCAGUUGAAUCUGAUGGCAAUGAUUGGCAAGGCAAGCAUACUCUUGGAUUGGGUGCAUGAGCCAACCGCCAUCAGCGAGGAUAUUGAAGUCUUUGCAACCAUCUUUCCUCAGGACCAUUGCAGGUUGACCUUUACGGAACGAGCUUAG